AUGCAGGAGGGAGGAGAACUUUCUGAAGCCAAAGGAGACGAACCAAAGGAGGAUGAGCAAGUCGAAGAUGAGGAGGUGGUGGACAGCUGCGAAAAGAAGAUACCCCCUACCAUAGCCAAGAUCCCACCUGAUGAUGAUAUGAGUUCUUCUGUAGCUGCUGCUACCACGAAUACCACUGCUUCUUCCGUGGCAACCAUUCCCGCUCAAGUUGACGAGGCGGAAUCUAAGAUCUUUGAUAAGGUUAUCGAGAAUAUUCAGCCUCUACCAGCAGAACAGCAGGAACAACAAACUCGUUGUGACCGGCCCUCCCAACCAGGCGCAUUUCCAGUCACUGUUGCAGCCGGGGUAGAACGACCGCCGCCGGCUCCAUUGCUAGUCGAAGAAGAACAAGUAGAAGAGGAAUCCGGUCCUCCUCCUUUGGAGCCGCAUCACGAGGAAGCCGAAACAUAUCUUCCGGUGGCCACAGAACUUGCAGCCUCGGCCGAGCUGGUGGUCACCCGAGAAGAAAUUGAACAAGAAAUGGCGACCGAACUGGAAGAUCGGUUGCGCAAGGAAUUCGAAGAGCGACUGUCGCAGGAAUACGUUCGCGUCUCUCAAUGCGCCGAGGCUCAAACUGUCGAGAUCGAUCGUAGCGCGGCGUUUGACCUCGGCGACCGAAACAGUGCAUACAACAGCAACUACGGCAAUAACCACAACAACCGCAAUGCGUCUUCAGACUAUCCAAACAAAGCAUUAUCAGAUGCUACCCGAAGGAAGUAUUUCCUCGCCUCGACCAUCUUGGUGCUCGUUGUCAUCCUUGUGGCUGUCGUCGUACCGACAGCGGUCGCCAAGUCUUCCUCUGAGGACGUGCUUCUUUCGGUGAGAGAACGGGGAUUUCUGCGUUGCAAGCCAGAGUCCCUGGAAGUCGAGAAAGGUGCUGGAUUCACCAUUGAUCUAUGCCGUGCCAUUGCAGCUGCUGUUUUCAAUGAUUCUUCCAAGGUGGAUUUCACCUACUUCACCUUCAAGGAACACUUUGCUGCCAUUGCAGAUGGAAGAUUGGAUGUAUCGGCCUCUCACGUGUCCUUGAAUAUGGGACGGGAUGUGCGAGAAACACACACACAUGUGGGCUUUUCCUAUUCCACGCCCUACAUCUAUACUGGUACUGGAUUGGCUGGUGUGCCCAACUUUGUGCAGUGUGCACAAGAUGCCGAGACAUUUGCCAACGACUGUCGACAUUUGCAAGUGCAUUGUAUUCUGUUCUACUGA